AUGAGGCGGGGAGCUGGCGGCGUGGUGGCGCGCAGCGGAGAGGGUGGCGGCGCGGUGGCGUGCAGUGAGGCCGCCGAGGGCGGCGAAGACGAGGGCGUGCGCGCGGAGUGGAGGCGCGAUGGACCAGAUGACGGCGGCGCGGUGCAGAUCAGGAAAAUGCCCAAAUGUUGGAGGAAGGCGGAGAAAAAAGUGCUGCCUGCCAGCCCCCGCGGCCCGACUUGCUCAGCGGCCAAUGGCCUCGGCGUCGAGGAUCUGGUCGUGCUCUCCGGCGCGCACCCUCACGACCGCUCCCACUACUCCUCGGUCGCCGAGCGCAUCGCCUCCCCGUCCGACAUGGACGUGGCGCUGGUGGCGCAGCUGUGGCGGCAGUGCCCGGCGAGCCCGUCCCUUGGCAACAACUCCGUGGUGGCGGAGGACGCCGUCACCCCGAACGCGCUGGACAACCAGUACUACAGGAACAUGCUGGACCAAUAG